GGCAAACCGCUUGCUGCCAUGGCGUUGCGGCUCUCUAUGUUUCGAGCCAUGGCCAAAGCUGCCCCAAAGCCGAAGACCGGGGCAACCCGGCCUACGAAGGCCAGCACAGCCCCGGCAGUCCAGCCACCCCCACCAGCAGCUGUACCUGGGCCAUCGUAUGACCAGACGCAGGCCGGUUCCGGAACUUCGGGUGGUGGCAUCAUGUACCAAAUCCUGCUUGGCAUGGGCAGCAUGUUCGGCGUCAUUCUGGCAAUCAAUCUCGUCUCGCGAGUUCUGGGCCCUCGGCGCAUCACGGUGAUACACAAGGACAGUGAAGGGAGGCCGCUUUGAAGAAGCCAAUGACAUCCAAUCCAUGUGGGGAAGAUGCCCGCUCAGAUUCGGUCCGCGGUUUUUAGGUGCGACCAGACCCGCCCUUGAAUGGUUGCUUGGGGGCC